CUCGCGAUAGAUCCGCGAAACUGCAGCUUCAGUGGAUAAGAGCGCGAGCUGUGCCUCUCGUGCGGCAGUUGGUGUGUAUGAAGCUGCGCGUGCCUGUCUGCUGCACAAGCUCCGGGAAGCUGAAACACUAAAUGAGACCAAAUCCAGAAAGUACAUCUCCGAGCAGCUGCUGCAAAGACACCAGGGACAUUCAUAGCAAGGUUUAUCUCUCCGGCCUCCACCAUGAUGAAGGAAUGUCUGCAGUUCCUGAUCGAGCCGGCCAAGAAGAUCAAGAUCCGACUCAAGGAGUCUCGUAAGCGAGUGAAACUGGAGAAGAAGGAGCCGCUGGUGGAGAGCCAGUUAUUCAUCAUGGAGUUAGCCGAGAACUCAACAAAAUCUGCCAGAGGUCGAGCAUCCUCAGCCACAUCUGGACCAGUGAGGACGUCUGGCCCGCCCGCUGUUGUGUCGGGAUUCAUCGUGGAGUGGGCUGCCGUGCUGGAGAAGAGAGUGCAGCCGAGGCUCAUCCAGUCUGUGAACCAGUCUGAGAAACCGGAGAAGAGGGACUGGAGAGGACACCUCCUCUGCAUGCUGGAAGCGGGGGGGGAGGGAGACAUGGGGCCCCACAAACGAGUCAUCAUGGACUGGACCCGAGAGAUCAGAAGCAGACCUCAGAACACCGUGUGGCCGGGGGAAGCGGUGCUCAUGGUUCUGGACGACCUGGAGCUCCAGUGGAAGAGGGGCCGUCUCCAAAACCUGCUGCCCGCCAUGGAGCUCCUUAUCCUGGCCGUGAUGAACGCAGACAGCCCCCUCAAGGAGGACGUGACGAAGCAGUGGCUGGUGAGGAAGCAGCGCAGCCAGAAGACCGACGCUGCACGAUACAUCCCCCACAACGUGUGGAACUGGAUUUGUGAUGCUGCAGAGGAAGUGAAGCUUGACUCGGACUCGGCGAACCCGGACCUGAUAAUCUCCAGCGAUGAUAAACGGAUGCGUUGCGGCCUCGAACAUCGAGACGUCCCUCGGUGCCAGUGGCGCUUCAACGGCUGGUGGUGCUCCGCGGGCCAGGAGGGAUUCACCUCGGGACGCCAUUACUGGGAGGUGGAAGUCGGGCAGCGUGACUGGAGGCUCGGCGUGGCGAAAGCGUCCGCGGUGAGGCAGGGUUACCAGUCGCUCACCACAGAUUCGGGAUAUUUAACCCUCCGUCUGGAGAGGGGUUUGGAUCUGAAGGCGCUGACGGUGCCCGCGACGCCCCUGACCCGCAUCCCACUGCCCAGGAAAGUGGGCAUUUACCUGGACUACGAGCAGGGCCAGCUGUCCUUCUACGACGUGGAGAAACGCUCGCACCUUUACACCUUUCAACGACGUUCACGGAGGAGCUGUUCCCCGUUGUUCGGGACGGUGGAGGUGGUCAACGAUCUGGUGAUCCGGCCUGCUGACGUCCGGCAGCCGUGCCUCUGCACCGGGCCCUGCCUCUGGACCUGAAACCACCAAACGCUUUUUAUUGUGCUUUGAUUCUGCUGCUAGCGAAUACGAAAACUUGUGCGCUGGUUUUGGACUUAAGGAGCGUUCCCAAAACAAACUAAUUAACAUAUUUUGCAAUGGUCUAAUUGUAAUGAACGUAUCAAAAAUGAUCCUGAAAUGACUCGGACUGAUACCAAUUAGUACAUACAACGAUUUUAAGCGAGUGUGUCCUCAAGAUGGCAGGGGAAAAAAAACUUCAAAAUAUUUAUGAAUGGAGGUUGGCUGCUAUUGAAUACGAAUCUUGAUGGCUGGUUUUGGACUAAAGGAGCGUUCCCAACGGACGCGAAGCGAAGAUUUGGCUUUGCUUUACUCGCAGAAGUUGGAGCUGCGGCAUCAUUUGUGGUUACCAGCGUCACAACAACAAAUAAACAUGAUUUGCAGUGAUUUUUGUUGUAAUACAUGUAUCAAAAUGAUACCGAAAUGACUCGGACUAACACCAAUUACAUACAAUGAUUUAACGAGUGUGUCUGCAAGAUGGCAGGGGGAUCGCGGUUGGCUGCUAGUGAAUACGAAUCUUGUUUUUUUUUUUUCGGAUUAAUGCUGCGUUAUCCCUCUGCAUGGAACCGUUCAACUUAACUAGCUUCAACCUUUUUUAAUAUAAUACUGACUUCUGAUUAGCAGCCGAGUUCCAAAUCCUCUAAAAAGCAGCCUUGUCUUUACCUGGAAGGACGUCUUUUUAUCCAUUAAGCUUGAAAAAGGUUUAAAAGUUCUCGAACCACAAGGAUACAUACACCUUUUGUUCCAUUUUCAGUGAAAACAUAACCCAAGAUUGUAGUUGCAAGGUCUUUAUGCCACUUGUGUUUUAAUUAUUGCUUUUUUGUAUUUCUUUAGAGAUGCAGAAUAACGCAAGCAGCUACUGAAGAGCCUCAGUGCAGAUAAUUACAGACGCAUGUGAAGAGUGUAUUCUCCUGCAACAUUUGUCAGCCUUGUUUCUGCAGCUGUGUUAAUGUCCAUGUUACUGCGUGCAGCUAUUAGUCCUCAAAACUUCAAUAAAUUAACACUUGGGUUUUGUUUAAAAAUCUUUAUUUUUUUUGCAAUAGAGUACCAAAACAAAUGCAAAAAAGUGCUCAACUGUUUAAAGGUAAGUCAUGCAUGUUGUUAAAUGAAACUGAGAGUUGGUGUUAACUUUUCUUAAUGAAAUAUCCUCUCAAAUAUGUUUACAGAAUCCCUUUCAACCAUCAAUGUGAAGCCAAUAUACAGUAGGAGUUGCAUUGAAGCAAAUACAAUCUUUCCGUCGUUACAUACCAUGUCUCUUAAAUUCCUUAUCUAUUUAAAAUGCAAAAAUACAAAAGCCUUGUAGAGUAAGAACGCAUAUCAACUUAAAGCAGUCUAUACCACGUUUUUUAAGUAUAAAACAUCUUUAAAAAACAAAAAACAUGUUAUAUUCAAAAGGUUUUUGAUAAUUUGUUUGUAUUGUAAAAUCAUGCGUGUCAGCAGGAAAUCAGCAUAGGCCUAUAUAAGUCUUUAUUUGGCAUUUUAUUUAAUGUCAAUCUGCUUAAAGGUAUUAUUUAUAAAAUGUUUAAAAACCA